AUGAAGAGUGACUGGUCCAAAGACAGACCUCCAGACUUCAGUAAAGAACCUGGACCCUCAGACACAAAUGAGAGGAAGAGGAGUCAUGUUUCUGUGGAGGAGCAGCUGUCCUGCUGUGCUUUGUGUCAGGACGUCCUGAAGGAUCCAGUCUCUACCAGCUGUGGACACUGGUUCUGCAGACAGUGCAUCACCUCAUACUGGGACCAGUCUGCUUCAUCAGGACACUCCUCCUGUCCCAGUGUGGACAAAGAUCCAGAACAAGGAGGAACAACCACAGAGCUGCAGACAAGCUGCUGUCCAGCUGAUGUUGGUCUGCAGGAGGUUUUAGAUGAACAUAAGAUCAGUCUGAGGAGGAGAUGUGAACGUGUGACUGAAGGAACUGAUGUAAGAGGAAGAGGAACCCUCCUCAACAGGAUCUACACUGAGCUCUACAUCACAGAGGGACAGAGUGAAGAGGUUAAUACCCAACAUGAGGUGAAGCAGCUUGAGACAGCUUCCAAGAGGAAGGCCCUCCAUGACACUCCAAUCAGGUGCCACGACAUCUUCAAAGCCUUACCUGACCAACAGAGACACAUCAGACUGGUUCUGACCUACGGCGUCGCUGGUGUUGGAAAAACCUUCUCAGUGCAGAAGUUCACUCUGGACUGGGCAGAGGGUUUGGAAAACCAAGAUGUCAGUGUGGUGAUUGUGCUUUCGUUCAGGGAGCUGAACUUGAUCAAAGAUGAGCAGUACAGUCUUCUCAGGCUGCUCCAUGUUUUCCAUCCAACAUUACAGAAGGUCACAGCAGAGCAGCUGGCUGUCUGGAAACUUUUGUUCAUCUUUGACGGCCUGGAUGAAAGCAGACUUUCACUGGACUUCAACAACAGUGAGGUUGUGUCUGAUGUCACACAGAAGGCAUCAGUCAACGUGCUGCUGACAAACCUCAUCAAGGGGAAGCUGCUUCCCUCGGCUCUGGUCUGGAUCACUUCCAGACCUGCAGCAGCCAAUCAGAUCCCUCCUACAUGUGUUGACAGGGUAACAGAAGUACGAGGCUUCACUGACGCCCAGAAGGAGGAGUACUUCAGGAAGAGGUUCAGUGAUGAAGAGCUGUCCAGCAGAAUCAUCUCCCACAUCAAGACCUCCAGGAGCCUCCACAUCCUGUGUGCAGUCCCAGUCUUCUGCUGGAUCACUGCUACAGUUCUGGAGCACAUGUUGACUACAGAGCAGAGAGGAGAGCUGCCCAAGACCCUGACUGACAUGUACUCACACUUUGUGAUGGUUCAGACAAAGAGGAAGAAGAACAAGUACCAUGAGGGACAUGAGACGAGUCCACAGGAGCUGAUGGAGACUGACAGGGAAGUUCUUCUGAAGCUGGGGAGGCUGGCAUUUGAACAUCUGGAGGAUGGAAACAUCAUGUUCUACCAAGAAGACCUGGAGCGCUGUGGUCUGGAUGUGACAGAGGCCUCAGUGUACUCAGGAGUUUGUACAGAGAUCUUCAAAAGAGAGAAUGUGAUCUUCCAGAAAUCAGUCUACUGCUUUGUUCAUCUGAGCGUUCAGGAGUUUCUGGCUGCAGUCUACAUGUUCCACUGUUACACCAACAAGAAGAUAGAGGUACUGAAAGACUUCCUGAGGAAAGGCCACCAAGACUCCACUAAGUCUCUGUAUAACUUCUUGUAUGGAGCGAUGUAUAAAUCUCUGGAGAGUGAAAAUGGUCAUCUGGACCUGUUUGUUCGCUUCCUUCAUGGCCUCUCUCUGGAGUCCAACCACAGACUCUUAGGAGGUCUGCUGGGUCAGACAGAGAACAGUCCAGAAAUCAUCCAGAGAGCCAUCUACAACUUGAAGAAUAUAAACACUUAUACAGUCUCUCCUGACAGAAGCAUCAACAUCUUCCACUGUCUGAUGGAGAUGAACGACCUCUCAGUUCAUCAGGAGAUCCAAGAGUUUCUGAAGUCAAAGAACAGAUCAAAGAAGAAACUCUCUGUGAUCCAGUGCUCAGCUCUGGCCUACAUGCUGCAGAUGUCAGAGGAGGUUCUAGAUGAGUUGGACCUGAAAAAGUACAACACAUCAGAUGAGGGACGACAGAGACUGAUGCCAGCUGUGAGGAACUGCAGAAAGGCUCAAUUAACUGGAUGUGGACUCUCAGACAUUCACUGUGAAGUUGUGUCCUCAGUUCUGAAGACCAACCCUUCCUAUCUGACAGAGCUGGACAUGAGUAAUAAUGACCUGAACAAUUCAAGAAUGAAGCAUCUGUCUGCUGGACUGGAGAGUCCAAACUGUAGACUGGAGACUCUGAGUUUGAAGAACUGCUGGUUGUCAGAGAUCAGCUGUGAUUCUUUGGGACCAGCUCUGAAGUCCAACCCCUCCCAUCUGAAACAUCUGGAGCUGAGUAACAACAACCUGAAGGAUUCAGGAGUGAAGCAGCUGUGUGGUUUUCUGGAGAGUCCAGACUGUAGACUGGAGACUCUGGGAUUGGAGAACUGCAGUUUGUCAGAGAUCAGCUGUGAUUAUCUGGGACCAGCUCUUAAGUCCAACCCCUCCCAUCUGAAACAUCUGGACCUGAGUGAGAACAACCUGAAGGAUUCAGGAGUGAAGCAGCUGUGUGGUUUUCUGGAGAGUCCAGACUCUAGACUGGAGACUCUGAGUUUGAAUGAAUGCAGUUUGUCAGAUAUCAGCUGUUAUUAUCUGGUCUCAGCCCUGAAGUCCAACUCCUCCCAUCUGAAACAUCUGGACCUCAGUAACAACAACCUGAAGGAUUCAGGAGUGAAGCAGCUGUGUGGUUUUCUGGAGAGUCCAGACUGUAGACUGGAGACUCUGAGAUUGAACAGCUGCAGUUUGUCAGAGAUCAGCUGUGAUUCUCUGGGACCAGCUCUGAAGUCCAACCCCCCCCAUCUGAAACAUCUGGACCUGAGUGAAAACAACCUGAAGGAUUCAGGAGUGAAGCAGCUGUGUGGUUUUCUGGAGAGUCCAGACUGUAGACUGGAGACUCUGAGGUUGGAGAACUGCAGUUUGUCAAAGAUCAGCUGUGAUUCUCUGGUCUCAGCUCUGAAGUCCAACCCCUCCCAUCUGAAACAUCUGGACCUGAGUCUCAACAACCUGAAGGAUUCAGAUGUGAAGCAGCUUCUUGAUCUUGUGAAGAGUCCAGACUAUAAACUGGAGACUCUGAAGUGGAAGUUGUGGUAAACAGGAUGACCGGUGUCCUGAUGAUCCAGAGGUUGAAGCAGCAGCAGCUUGUGUGGACAGAGACUCUGACUGCAGAUAAAUGCUGAUGUUGAUUAAGAAGUGAGCAGCUCAGUCACAAACAUUCUUCUCGUCCUCUUCUUGUUUUUAUAUAACUCCUUUCUACCUAUUGGUACUCAAACCACUUUACAGUCAGAGUUAUACAUCUAUCCAUUUACUCACACAUUCACACUCUAGUGCCAGGCACUGGGAGCAACUGGGGGUUCAGUGUCAUUACAACAUGUGGUACGUUCCAGGGAUGAACGCAGUCUGACAUCAUUUCCCUAAAUGUUUCAUCUUCGUUCAAAGUUUGAGACUGGAGCCUCAUUAAUGGGUCAUUAAAGUACCAUUCACUGGAGAAAGAAUACAGCAUCAGAACAGAUUCCUCCAGUCCCAUGUGAGUAUUGGUUCAUUAACAGACUAUAGCCAUAUACUUAUUAUUAUUGUUAUGAUUACAAGUUUAUGUCCUUUGCAUUGUGGGCGAAGAAGAUGGAGCCAGUGUGUUUGUGUUACUAAUGUCGACUCUUUACUGGUGUACAAUCGGUAAACACUGCUCGAUAUAUGAAUUUCUGCCAAAGAAACGGUCAAUUUGGAUCAUGGUGGAUAUAGAAUUUUGCCCCAGCGUCUAUUAGGGAUCAUAGUUCACCCCACUUUCAUCCACUCAUUCAUUCAUCUUCUGUAACUACUCUGUCAUCUGUCCUAAUCUUGAGUUGGCACAGGUCACAAUGAAAGGUUGGUCUGACAAGCAAACCAAAAGUAGAACAUCUUUAUCUGAUGACAACAUUUAAUAUUGCCUCCAAAUCAUGGGUCUAGCUUGGAAGCUCAACGUACCGGGUCUCACCUGUUGCAGAAAAAAGUUGGUGAUAGAAACUUGUGUCCACUCCAGAUUGUCGAAGCAGACCUCAGAAGAGUAUCAGAAUUGGUAAGGUCAACUGAGGAGGUUUGGAGAUACAGACGUUCUUCGUGUUCGGCGAAAUUUCGAGCAAAGUUUCAGUUGCCAUUGUUGAAAGUGAAGCAGGAAGUGGAAGCACAAAUGACCCAACUUACAAAAAAGACAUAGCAGUUACUGAAAUGAAUUUGUUACAGAGGGAAGUAGAAAUUAGUCACACUGGUGUAGGUUCCUGUGGGACCCAAACGCAGUACUAUAAAUUCUCCUAAAAGCCUCAAGAUGAGAUGAUGAAUGACCCCAGAGGAGCUGUCCAGUGCUGAAGUGACCUCUCCUUGUCUUAGAAUGGCAUUAGAGAGGGGUCAGAGGAGCUGUCCAGUGCUGAAGUGACCUCUCCUUGUCUUAGAAU